AUGGAUCGCUUUGAGACCAUCCUGACUGACACAGCCAUGCGCGAAGGUGCAUCUUACAUGCGGGACAAUGUCAGUGGUCCGGUUCUGGAGCAUGGUUAUUGGGGAAGCAUGCGCGACCGCCUGCCUCUGGCACGAGUCGACGAGCUUGUGGGUGAGAAGGCGUUCUUGCAAGCUCGAGGGCCGAAACGUCCAUCCACUCUUACGUCCAGAACACUCCCUAAAGAGCGUGACCUUUACCUCAAUAUGAUGCGACCCGCUCUGCAAGCUGGGAUGGACUUCCUUCACGAUCACGGAGACGAGGUUGGCUGUUACAGCAACCGAUUCAUGGAUAUUGUUGGCCCCAAGGGUGAGACCGGGAAAGAUCGUAGCUUCGGUCUUGGCUAUUUCGAUGAUCUGGCUUCCUUGGAGGCUUGGAGCAAGUCUCAUCCCACGCACGUCAAUAUCUUCGCCGUCUUUAUGAAGUACGCCAAAGAGAUGAACAAUGAACUCAGCUUACACCUCUACCACGAGGUGUCGGUAUUGGAGUCUAGCCAGCAACUUUUCGAAUAUGUCUCAUGCCAUGCUAAUACCGGUAUGCUCUCGUCUAUUCGUGAUGACGACUAG